GCAGCCGUUCGACGGAAUGCUCGAGCGAGGCGGAGGCCCCGACCGCAUCAGCGCUCUGCCGGAGAACGUGCUCCACCGGGUGCUGUCGCUGCUCCCGGCGCACGAGGCGGUGCGGACGUGCGUGCUCGCGCGGUGGCGCCACCUCUGGAGGGAAGCGCCGGGCCUCCGCGUCGCCCGCGUCGUCACCGUUUGGGAUCCGUGGCCGGCCGCCAGGUUCGUCCGCUUCGUUGACGGCCUUUUCAGCUCCCGCCGCGUCGCCGCGCGUCUGGAGUACUGCAAAUUCGACUUCGAUUUCCCGGAGAAGAGGUGGUGGGAAUGGCAGGUGCAUGUCACUGACUGGAUCGUGCAAGCCUCGGUGAUCCACCAAGCUCGAGUACUGCAACUGCAAGCCUCUCGGUCUCGGCGCCGAUGCUUCGCACUGCCUGAACUGCCUCUCAUCUCUCAUCGCCUCACCAAGUUAGAGGUUACGGGUGUAAUUGGCAACGACAACUUCUUCGAUUUUUCGCACUGUCCAGCGCUGGUGCAUCUGCAGAUGUUCAAUUGCCACAUCAAUGCUCAGAAAAUCUCGUCUCCUUCCGUGACAAAACUGGUUCUUGUCUUCUGUGACUUCCAUCCAGCCACCCGCACUCACAUGUCCUUUCCGAGUCUUGCUUCACUGGAGCUAAAGAGCUGCCAUGGUAGGGCUCCAUUUCUUGAGAGCAUGCCAUCCUUGGUAGAAGCCAUUGUUAGAUUUGAUGGGUAUUGUGCAGACAGAUGUGAGAAGAGUGCCUUUGGUGAUUGUGGCGAUGAUUCUUGUGAAGGUUGUUAUGGUUCUCGUUUUGACCACACCAGCUGCGUGUGUCUCAAAAGCUUGUUGGAAGCAACACACUUGGAGCUGUCAGCUGAAGUUGCAAACUAUGUUUUCAGGAGGGAUUUGAAGUUGCACCUUUCGUAUCAUACAUUUGCUAAGUUGAAGACUUUGUUGCUCGGUGAAUGGUGUGUGACUCCUGAAUUCAGUGAACUUAUCUGGUUUCUACAAAACACACUAAUUUUGGAGAGACUUACUAUUCAAAUCCCAGAGGCACCGAAAUAUUCGUUGGAUGUAGAUGUCAGUACACCAGAAUGGCCAUUUGCAUCCAGACAUCUCAAGGUUGUUGAAAUUGAAUGCAAAGAAGUCAACUUGUGGGUUUGCAAAUGUUUGAUGACCCUGGGUAGAUAUGGUAUAGCAAUCGAGCGAAUUAACAUCAAACGGACUAGUGAACUCUAUGGAUAUGGAUGUUUGAGGUCUGUUUCGCCAUCCGGAUCAAGCAGCGGCCGGAUGUUUUGAGCUGUUGACACCCGUGGUGUUUGUCAUCAGAAGAACUGGGGGGUUGACAACCUUGGUGUUUGUCAUUUGAUUAUGUAGUGACUCAUGUCUGUGCUUACCAUAUAUGUUAUACGAUAGGGCUUUUUUACCAUUCUUAAAAAGUAUCUUAAGGUACUAAGGAUUCUAGUACAAAUUUUUAGCACUUUAAAGUACCACACUAGAAAGGAUGAUACCUUAAGGUACUUUUUCAAGGACGGUAAAAAAGCUCUUACACGAUAUCUACCUCUGCAUGAACAUGAACUUCAGAGGGGUCCUUGUAGUAUGACUGCUUGUAUUAUAUCUCUACCGCUUAUGAUGCUAAAGAACUCAGCGUUCUAGGACUAAUGCAA